AUGGAUUACUUGGACUCUAUCACACAGCCAUCUACUACCACCAUUGACGAUACAGCCACAACAGACACGCCAACUACAACUACAACUGAUGAUGUUGUUGUGGCUGAUGUUGAUGUCCAAGUUGGAGUUGAAGUUGCAGUUGAUGCUGAGGUUGUUGAUGGAUUGAAUGUGGAUGUAACCAACUACAACAAUAACAAGCAUGAUCCAAAUAUAAUACCAGAUCAUAUUUUGGAGCAAUGGAGAAAGGACUUUAAAAACUUGGAGGUACAUCAGCAACCACCCUUGGUCGUCGCUACACCUGUUCCAGUGGUCGAAGAAACAACGCCAUCACCAUCAUCAACAGAGACAGAGACAGAGACACUGCCAUCACAAUCAACUCCAACAUCAUCAGAUGAAGGUUUGGCAACAAAAACCACAUCAUCACCUGAUGCAAACACUCAGUCAUCCAAUGUAAAUAGUCCUGCACCAACAACAACAACUACUGCUACUACUACACGCCAAAAUGCACCAAGACCACCUACCAAGCAAUCAGUGAUUGAUAUGGAUCUUGGAGUAUAUGGUCUGCCACAGAAUACAACUGUGCGUGGUGUCUUUUGGAAGGUGGCAUUGGGCUCUCUAUCGAACGAGUCAAAGAGUGAAUGGCCUGAACAAGCAAAGAAGCAAAGGAACAAGUAUGAUACAUUGAAGAGAGUCUACAUAGUCGAUCCAAGAACAAACAAAGACAAUGCCUCUGUUGCCAUGGAUGAUCCAUUAUCACAAAACAAAGAUAGCGUUUGGAAUCAAUUCUUUGAGAAUGAGACUACACAGAAAGAGAUUGGACAUGAUAUUACUCGAACAUAUCCAGACAUUGACUUCUUUGCACGCAAGGAUAUUCAAGAUACCAUGACUAGAAUAUUGUUCAUCUUCUCAAAGCAGUAUCCAAAGAUCAAGUACUUGCAAGGAAUGAAUGAGAUCUUGGCACCUCUGCUCUUUGCUUGUUAUGCUGAUUCACAUUGGGGCGACUUUAGUCAGGUGUAUCGUCUGGGCGUAAGCCCAUCGACAGGUAACAAUGGCGAUGAUGAUAGCCAGAAGAUAGUGGACCCAUUUGGCGUGGAGUAUCCAAGCCAGCCAAUUCCAUUCCCACUGGUUGACGAUGUCGAGCAGGACCUGGCAUCACUGGUACGCGAUCCAAGAUACUUUGAGCACGACGCCUACUUCUUGUUCGACGCACUCAUGGCCAAGAUUGGCAAGUGGUUUGCCUCGCCACCCAGUUCGCCAAUGAUCUCGUCGCAGUCCAAGAAGGACCCAUUCGAGAAGUCCAACAGCAGCAGCACGUCACCAAACAUUAUUGUCGUGGAUCAAUGUUUUGAGAUCUUCCAUCAACUCAGCAUCGUCGAUCCUCACCUGCACACCUAUCUCAAGGACAUGUCUAUCGAGCCACACCUCUACUCACUGCGUUGGCUACGUAUCCUCCUUGCCCAAGUCUUCCCCAUCCACAGUCUUCUCAUGCUUUGGGACGCCAUCUUCCGUGACUCACUCGAGUUGCUCAACAACAUUUGCAUCGCAAUGCUACUUGUCAUCCGUGAUUCACUGAUUGGCAAGGACUACUCAGAGUGUUUGCAAUUGUUGUUCAACUAUCCAAUGACACAUGAUCCAACCUCAUUGCUGUUCACUGCAUACACUGUGGCUGAGAGGAUCAAGACGAUCAAGGCAGAGAAUCCACAUGUUAACUAUGACUUUAAGCCUGUUCCAAAGGAGGCGCCAAAGCCUAAGCAAAGACCGCAUUACAAUAUGUCAUCACAGUCAAAGAAGUCUGCGACCAUAUCAUAUGGAUCAUCAUCAUCAUCAUCAGCUAGUAGUGGACAGAGCUUAUCAGCAGCAGCACCAGUGACCAGACUAUCAAACUCUUCAUCAGCUGUUGCACCACCAUCAGUAACAACAGCACCAGCCAAUCCGCCUCCCAAGCCAUCCAGCAGCGGUGGAUUCUUCUCAGCAGUGGCAUCCACAGUGAAGAUGCUCGUCACAGAAUUGAAUGAAAUGGAUACAGCUGGCGAGGUCGAGACACUCAAGGAGCGACAGAUACAUGUUUCCAACAGGAUUGAGAGAUUGAUAUACAUCGUAGAGACUUUGAGAAAUAAUGACAAUGUGGAGACUGUUCAAUCAGUUCAGGAAGAACUAAAGUCAAUCAAGAAGGUGUUGAAUCCAUGGAAGGCUGGAACAUCUACACCAUCACAGGCAACACCAACGACUUCGUCGCCACAACAACAAUCAACAUCACCAACACAACAGCUACAACACGCCACUGAGCGAUCAAACAAACGACUAAGCCUUCCAACAACAGGCUCAUCAGACGCUGCCCCAGAAGACUAUCCAGAUGUACUUUAG